AUGGAAGAGUUUGCCAGUACUGCAGACAUCUGUCGUUUUACCCGAUGGAGGAAACGCACGUUUCCAGCUGCGACGCCGCCGCUGAAGGAUCCCGGGUCUGAUGAGUGGGUUGAGGACACUGAGGCUAAGCAGGAGCUUUUGUUUCGUACUUUCACGAAUCCAGGUGUUCCUGCCGAAGAUCAGCUAGAACCACCCAACGCAUUCCCGUCGACUCUGCCGUUCCCAGACAUCACAAGACACGAGGUACGACAGUCGGUUUUGGAAACUCCGUCAACUGCCCCAGGCAUGGACGGUAUUCCCGUGUCACUAUUGAAGGUCGCAUGGCCUUUAGUUGAGGAUCGGGUUUUCCAUCUAUUUUGCGCCUGCCUGAAGCUUGGCCAUCAUCCCGACUCUUUCCGUAAAGCUAGAGUUGUGGUGUUGUCCAAACCUGGAGACCGAGACCGCUCGACUCCUCGAUCUUAUCGGCCUAUCUCACUUCUGUCUACCUUAGGCAAAGGGCUUGAACGUCUUGUUGCCCGUCGGCUUUCUUACGUAGGGCUUGAGCAUGGUAUAUUUGGCUCACAGCAGUUUGGUGCACUCCCACGCCGUUCUGCUGUCGAUCUCACUUCUUGUCUUGUUCGGGAUGUUGACUUUCAGUUUCGCAAUCUCCGUGUUGCGUCAUUGUUGACUCUCGACAUUCAGGGGGCUUACGACGCUAUUUUUCCCGGAAGACUUCGACGAAGGCUAGCUGAGCAAGGCUGGCCUAAGCCACUUGUGGACUGGGUGUUUAGCUUCGCUAGUGAUCGUUCGGUUGCCCUGACUCUCGAUGGGCAUCAGAGCCGCAUGUUCAAAGCUCAACGUGGUCUGCCACAGGGCUCUCCGAUUUCUCCGGUGCUGUUUCUGCUGUAUACCGCGCCCCUGCACCACUUAGCGUUACGAUCGUCGUCCUUUGGAUAUGUUGAUGAUGUUGCUCUCUUGGCAAGAGGCACAUCAGUGGAGGAUACUGUACAAGACCUUGCGGCUGAUGUGGAGACUCUCCUCACGUGGGCAAAAGAAAACGCUGUCAGUUUUGAUCCAAAAAAGUCAGAGCUGUUGCACUUCACCAGGAAGCGGCGACCGGGAACCCAGGUCAAUCCAGGGAUCUCGUUGCCUGCGACUGCGGACCGGCCAGCUUGGGCUAUUGACGCUGUCCCUCGGGAUGGCUGUGUACGAUGGCUUGGUGUCUGGUUUGAUAGAGGGAUGACCUUCAUUCAACACAUUCGACGAGCAAAAAGCAAAGCUCUUGGAUGUGCCGGGACUAUACAAGGCAUGGGAAGGAUGAUGAGAGGCACUGCUCCUCGCGUUCUGCAAAGAGUAGUCAGGGCCGCGAUUCUCCCCAUCUUUCUCUAUGCUUCAUCGACGUGGUGGCCUGUACCGGAUGCCAAGCAUCAUCGUGCUGGAGGACGGACCAUAUUGCAGGCCACCACGCAAGUGCUGCGGGCAGCUGGAAAGGCGGUUCUGCCAGUAUGGCGGACGAGCCCAACCGCUGCUAUUCUACGUGAGGCCGGUCUCCCAACCGCCCACAGCCUGCUCCAAUAUCACUCGGCCAGCAAAGGUCUUAGUCUAAAAGACCUCAUGAAGGAGCUCCUCGACUUGGAUCAUUACGAUGGCUACACCAUCUUAGAGUCCAUCUCGGUGUUCACACCCAUGUCCCAACAACUCGUCCCUGUCUCAUCCUUGCGGGUGAACAUGUGA